CAGACAUAUACCCAAAAAGAUGCCAGAGAAAGAAGAUCGUCCGAUCCUAAUGAUAAGUGAUCCCUUCAUGCGCCGCAAAUCAAAUUAACCUUGGAUGGAACUCAGUGCGAAAUUCAGUUUCGCUGACAGUGAACCGAAAUCCCUCGGCGGGGGUCAGUCUGAAGUGGAUUUCAAUUAGCGGGCAAGACAUGUUAAUCCGAGCUUAAAUCGAACACGUGGAGUGUCCAGAUAGUAAAGUGCAAUAAAUUAGCACUAGCUGAGAUGACUGACUAGUUUCUGACUAGUGUCUUAUCUGGUCUGGUUGCAGUGGGGUGCAAAUCGGCCCUGACAACUGCGUGACGCAUAAAGAUGGAUUGGCUCGGGGAAAAUGUAGCUGUGCACCUAUUGCUUUUCUUUUUCUUUUCUCUUUUGGAAAAACAAAGUUGACAGUCUAGAAAAUCUUGUCAAUAUAUGUAUAUUUGUGAAAUAAGCACCCAAGUAUUAUACAUAUACGCACAUACAUAUGCUGCUCUUUCUGGUUUUCCUUGCUUCCAGAGUAACUUAAAAUAUAAAAAAAAGAAAUAUAUAAGAAUAAAUCCUUUAUGUUACUUCUACCAGCCUUGCUUGGGAUAUUAUGAUAUCAUCAAGAGUGAAGUGCUCACCGCCCACAACGAACACCGUAGGACUUGGACAGUUCCAGAGUUCAUCGAAUCGGAGGAACUCUCCCAGGAGGCUCGCGAGUAUGCAAUUCAUCUGAGUACCUUGAAUAUACCAGAUCAAAUACUGUACGAGCAAGCUAGGAAACAAAAUAUUCGUGUGGAUCACCUGGCUUAUCCCGUAUCGGAUUCGGAGUUUGAAAUGUUUUCAGAGAACAUUUGCGAAUUUCAAAAAAACGUGUGUGUUUAUUAUUGGGCUACUGAAGGAGCAGUUUCCUAUGGCAUUGCAAAGGAGCGUAGAACCGAAGUUGAACAAUCAUUGGCUGAUAAAUUCUCGGCCAUCACGUGGAAAACAACGACAGAAAUCGGUGUUGGAUGGGCACCAAAAGAUCGAUCAAAAAAGAACGGACGAAAGAUAUUGGUUGUGCGGUACAGUCCAGCAGGAAACCAGCCCGGAGAGUACGAAAACAAUAUAGAAAACCCCGAAUUCCUGGAAUACUUUAACAUGCCAGCAAGGGAGGAGCCUGAUACAGCGCACAGUCACAACAAUUCGGCUAAAUUAAGUAAUGGUGUAGUAGAUGUGCUAGUUUAUAUUUUGUUUUUCGUCCUAGCCAAACUAGAAUGUGACUUUAAGUGCACUGGUAAUUCCUUUCUUAUAAGCGGUUGAAACCGAACCAUGUAAAAUUCAUAAUUGAGUAAAGAUUGUUGGGUUUAUCACAUUAUAUGCCAAAAUUA